UCUAUGAAGUAAUGACGUUGAGUUUCGUUGUGUUUUCCCAUUCAUGCACAUACCCACUUCGAUGACAUCACGAAACUUCACUUCGUUCUCUCAAUUUUUUUCUUUCUUCUCUUUCUCUACUGUUCAAACACAACGCAGCAAUGUAAGCGAUUCAUUCGAUUAUCAGAAGUCAAACUGAACAGUCGUGAAAGUUAUUCACGGAAUUAAAGAGAAAAAAAGAUUAAAGUUGUGCAAUUGAAUUUGUUGAACAAAAGAGAAAAUUUUGUUAAAAAAAUAUUCAUUUGCUGUUGAAGAAGAAACGAAAAAAGUUACAAAGAAAAAUAAUUAAAGCCAAGACCGGUGCAAAUAAAGUUUAAAAAGUGUAAUCAACUGAUUCUACUUUGACGAGCUCAUCAAGAGAUUAAAACAAGGAAGAACUUUUUCAAUUAAUUGAAAGUGAAAACCCUGAGAAUAAAUAAAAAUCAUUAAUUAUGUCGAUGCUUUGGAUGGGAACAUUGAAAUUGUCCAUGAUCUUCGCUGUUACGACAAUGGUGGUUAAAAAUGAGCUUCUAGAUAAAGAAGAAGGAAAAAAGUUGCAACUGUGCGACACAAAAAAUCCAUUUAUCAAUUUCUCUAACCCCAAAGAAGAAGGAAAAAAGCUUAAUGGUAUAACAAUUAAGGAAAGCUAG